UCGCACGAAGCCACACUCGAACGUGAUUACCUGGACCAGUUGCAACGACCGUUGCAGCCUCUCAAAGAUCAUUUGGAAAACGUUACUUACGAAACGUUCGAAAAAGAUCCCGUCAAGUACGCUCGAUACCAACAAGCCCUGAGUCUAGCGUACCAAGACCGUGCAAAUACACCAUUUUGUGUCGUUUUGGUAGUGGGCGCUGGCAGAGGACCUCUCGUGACCUGUGCUUUGGCGGCGUAUGAGGAGUUGGACGUAUCUCGUCGACCUCAAGCCCUGCGUGUCUUUGCAGUCGAAAAGAACCCCUCCGCUAUGGUAUACUUACAGGCCAAAGCGGCCCACGACCAAACGUGGAAACAAUACGGCGUAAGCCUUGUUCAUAUUGAUUUGCGUCAACUUGCAGUCGAAUUGAUUGGAGGGACUCCGGGGGAUAUUGUGGUGAGUGAAUUGUUGGGUUCUUUUGGCUGCAACGAACUAUCACCAGAAUGCUUGGACGCUUUAUUUACGACGACUGCAGUUCAUGAUCGUACUGUGAGUAUUCCCACCCGUUACAUCUCUCAUUUGGCUCCCGUUUCGUCGGCGAAACUCCACUCUCAAGCGAGGGUGCAGGCCUUGUAUCCGAACGAAGACGAGAGUGGUGUGCUGGGUUUGCAGACUGCCAUGGAAACGCCGUAUGUGGUACGGACACACGCUGCGUCACAAACGCACCGCGAACAGGAUUGUUGGGAAUUUGUACAUCCGUCUGUCAGUAGUGGGGACAAAAACCGUACAGCCAUGGUGGAGUUCACGCCGGAUGCUGGUUACGUCUUGCACGGCCUUUUGGGAACGUUUACGGCCGAUUUGUAUUAUAGUGCUCGGCUGGACAAGUUGGUUCAGAUCUCGACAGCUCCUUCCAAUUUUUCGGUGGGUAUGUUUUCUUGGUUCCCGCUAUACUUCCCGAUUGCGAACCCGUUGUAUGUACCAGCAAACGCGAAUGUGACGGCUUACGUUCGGCGGCAAUGGGAUGUGGUUACGUCUCGUGUGUGGUACGAAUGGUCUGUGACCGUCCACGAUCAGAAUGGAGAUGUGCUUGGGAUUUCGCCGCUGCACAACAUCAAUGGACGCUCGUAUCACGUUUCCAUGUAA